AUCACCAAUUCCGUCCCACGAACAGAGCACUGAUGAGCACCAUGGCACCACCCGAUCCCGUGUUGCGUCAAUGAACAACCCCGGUGACGAUGACGUCCGGCACGACCGGAUCCUCGGUUCCGUCGCCACCACAACCUCAACCUCACAUUUUCUCCGCCCUAUAUAAAACCCCGGCGCCAAACAACGCCGCGACCGUCAUAUCGCCCUGCUCCCGACCUGGUCGUCCCCAACUCCCGGCCUACCCGAUCGAGUGCCCCAACCGUCGACGCACUCCCCGCACACGCGCGAGCCGUAACCCGCAAGCGUCCGGCCAGAGCCAUGUGCACGCCAGCGGCGGGCCGCGUGCGCCUCAACGUCGGCGGCCGGGUGUUCGAGACCACGGCCGACACGCUCGCCUCCGCGGGGCGGGACACCAUGCUCGGCGCCAUGCUGGACGCCUCCUGGAACGCCCCCGCCGCCACCACGUCCGAGUACUUCAUCGACCGCGACCCGGCCUGCUUCGCGGUGCUGCUGGACCUGCUCCGCACGGGCGGCCUCCACCUGCCGCCGCACGUCCCCGAGGCCGCCCUCUGCCGCGAGGCGCUCUACUACGGCCUCCUCGACCGCGUCCGCGCCGCGCGCUGGGGCCACUUCGACGGCGACCGCCUCCGCCUCGCCGCCUCCGUCCCCGGCCGCGCGCCCGGGGACGGCGCCGCCGUCCGCGCCGCCCCCGACGGCGGCUGCUGCGUCGCGCACGGCGCCGCCGUGCGCGUGUACAACUGGAUGCUCCAGGAGCGCCGGCCCGUCCACCUCGCCCACGCGCCCGUCAACGACGCCGCCUACCUCGACGCCGCCACGCUCCUCGUCGCCGCGCGCGACGGCCCCGGCAGCAGCACUCGCCCCAGCUCCGGCGGCGUGGCGGCCUUCUCCGCGCUCACCGGCGAGCUGCGCCACCGCUUCCUUGUCGCGCACGACCGCCAGCCCAGGCCCUUCACCCCGGGAGCCCUCGCCUUCAACAACCAACACUCUAAAAUCUUCGCCAGCUGCAAGGGCCGCCUCAACGAGUACGGCGUCGCCGCGUGGGACGCCGCCACGGGCGAGCAGACCGACUUCUUCUACGAGCCGCCCGCCUGCGCGCUGGGGGACGCCGACGCGCUCCAGUGGCUGGACGGCACGAGCACGCUCAUGGCCGCCACCAUGUUCCCGCGCGCCGACUCCUCCUUCGUCACCCUGCUGGACUUCCGCUGCAGGAGCGUCGCGUGGUCCUGGUCCGACGUCGGCACCCCCGCGUCGCUCGAGGACAAGCACGCCGUCCACGCGGUCGCGAUGGAGGACGGAUGGUCGGUCUGCGUCGUCAACCAGUACGACGACCUCGGCUUCCUCGACCUCCGGAGCAACGCUGGCGGCGUCAGGUGGAGGUCUGGGAGCAAGCUGCAGAUGAGCAGGAAGAAGGUGAAAGGCGAGGAGACGUGCUACCCCAAGCUCGCCACGCAUGGUGGUCAGCUCUUCGCGUCGACAACCACCGGCGCCAUCUCGGUGUUCAGCGGCCCCGACCACGCGCUCACGUCGACACUGCGGGCGAGCGACGGCGGCGUCAUCUGCGACCUCUCCAUCGGGGGCGAUCGUCUUUUCGCGCUGCAUAACGAGCAGAACGUGUUCGAUGUCUGGGAGACGCCCCCGCUUCCGAUCAUCUGACUUGUCGGACGAUUUGUUAGUGUCUGACUGUAUCAAGAGUGGAAGAAUUACUAGAUAUUUUGACAGAGAAACAUUGCAGUAACUUUCUCAUCAUUUUUGACAAAGACCAUAGAGGAUUGAAGUGUCAUUAUGUCACUGAACUGGCUCGUAUGUGUUAAAUCUCUGGAAUCACUAGUCUAGAUCUUUCCGAGUA